AUGGUUCUCUUCUGCAGCGCCCACGCCCAGCUCGACGACUCUUUCGAUGAGGAAUACGAAGUUGCCAACUACAAUCUCGCUCAAUCAGCCGAGCUUGAAGCUGCCAGAGUCCACAAUGCUACUGUCCAACAGCAUCAGUAUUACGAGCAACAGCAACAGCAACAACCUCAAAUGUCGAUGCAGGCGCCAAUCCAACAGGUGCAAAUGCAGCAAAACUAUCCUCUUCAACCUCAGUCAUACAGCUACGGAUACACUGCUCACAAACAAAUGCUACCUCUAACCAACUCUCAUCAUAGUUCCUCCGACGCAAUGCAAAUCGACAACCUUGUCUCGGCAAACAUGAACAUGAAUAUGAAUAUGAAUAUGAAUAUGAAUAACGGUUUCCAACCUAGCAACAACUCCCGUAAACUCAAGCGAUCAUGCGAAUUCGAAUGCGAUUCACCAGCGACUGACGCGUCCGGCAGCAAACGGGUCAAGCAAAUCGCGUUUUAA